AUGGAAGAGCUGGCCCAAAUGACAAGCGACCAAGGAGAGUGCAUUGUGACCAAUUUCACCAUUGGCCGGAAAGGCUAUGGCUCAAUCUACUUCGAAGGCGAAGUCAACCUGACCAACUUGAACCUAGAUGAGAUUGUGGGCAUCUGCAGGAAAUACGUUGUCAUCUACCCAGAUGCCAGAUUGGCUCCACCCUUCGGGCAAGGUUUAAAUCGGCGAGCCGAAAUUACGUUGGAUGAAUACUGGCCCACUGACAAAACCUCAGGUGGCUUGAUAAAGAGCCCAAGCCAGCUUGCAAAAUUGAAAUAUGAAAAUACCUUAGAGGCCGACUGUCGAAAAUGUGGUGUCCAGUUCCUGGAGUACCGGCCCGAAACUGGUUCGUUGGUAUUCAAGUCAGACUUCAUCCAAAACCUUUGCAAAGAAUGCACCCUUCUAAAUCCCACGACAAAGAUGGCCUACAGGAAGUUGUGCAAGCCCGGUCAAACCAGGAUUUCGUGCCCAAGGAAAAAGCAAGUCUUAAAUCCAGCAGAGGAGAGCGAGGCGUUCCUGCAGUUGGCCAAACUGUGCCAGGACCCCACCCUGGUUGGCGUGAAGCUAUUGGAUAAAAUUUCAUCUGUCCCUCACGGGGAGCUUGCCUGCACUACAGAGCUCCUGAUCCUCGCCCAUAAUUGCUUCAGCCUCACGUGUCAUCUGGAAGGGAUUAUUCGCGUUCUCCAAGCUGCCCGAACGCUCCCGGACGAACACUUAGCACCCAGCGGAGAAUACGGCCUUGUUCGACUUCUCACUGGCAUCGGCAGGUACCACGAGAUGACCUACAUCUUUGACUUGCUGCAUGAGAAGCACCACUUUGAGGUGCUAAUGAGAAAGACGUUGCACCCGAGCGGGACCCUCAAGACAGCGCUGCUGGACUACAUCAAGCGCUGCCGCCCAGGAGACAGCGAGAAGCACAACAUGAUCGCCCUCUGCUUCAGCAUGUGCCGGGAGAUUGGGGAGAACCACGAGGCGGCAGCCAAUGUCCAGCUGAAGCUCAUUGAAUCCCAGCCUUGGGGUAAAUGGAUGUCUGAGGUGUUCGAUCUCAGCUGCUUCCUCCUUGCUUCCCUGACUCCUUUCUCUUCAUCCUUCCUCUUUGAGGACUUCUGUGUGCGUCAGUCCUUGCGCUGCAAGAGGCUGACAAAGCUCAUUACGCUGCAGCUCCACUUCCUGAACACCAACCCCAAAACCAAGCUGAUCAACCUGAGCCAGAAGAGCCUGCUGGAAUGCGCCAUGUCCCUGCCCAGGUUCUACCCGGCGGCAGUCGUGGCUGAGGCCUAUGACUUCGUUCCGGACUGGGCUGAAGUCCUGUAUCAGCAAGUGAUUGUAAAGGAGGACUUCAGCUACCUGGAGGAGUGCAAGCAGCGUGGCCUGCUCAAGGCGAGCACCUUUGAGGAAAUGGCCCAGGAGUUCAAGCAGCGGGCAGGCAAUGAACCGGCUCUAAAAAACCUGAAGAAGCUGUUGACCUAUUGUGAUGAUAUCGAUGUGUAUUACAGGCUAGCUUAUGACAACCAGUUCUACGACGUAGUGAACAUGCUUCUGAAGGAUUUCCACAUUGGCAAGAAUACACGUGAAAUAAUAAAAUGGUUCUUUGCUUUCUGA